CCUUCUUGCAGAGCGCGUGCAAUCCUCCGCAAAAAUUCCCGGUGACUUCAGAUCCAGGAGGAGGUGAUAUUCCCGGGACUGCUGCUGGACUUCUCUCAUUCUGGAGCCUCUGCAGACCUGACACCACAUCGCUGCUCUUCUUGUUCGACUCAAAUGAUGCGCGCGUGAAGUUCUGGACUUUCCGAACCGAGCUCACCUGGACAUUAUGCGGAGGCACCACCGAUUCUUUUCACUCGUGGAAGAGGAUGCCAUCUUACUGAAGUAGAAUUCACGCUUUUUUUAAAAAUCCGAAACGCACUUUUUAAAGAACUCAAAAGUUGAUCCAAAAUGGACCGAGCGGUGUUCCGGAUUCUGACUGUAGCGCUGCUGCUGCUGCUGCUGCUGCACAUCGCUGAGAGUCACAUGGAGCCGGCAGGUGGAAGGACAGAAGGAUCCGUUCGGGACCAGCGCCCAGAUGCGUCCGCUGAGUGGUCGCCAGUCCCCCGCAGCCCCCGGAGUACGGCAACAACAACACAAGGACGCGCGUCCGGAGCUGGAGGCGCGCCAGCGGGGGGCCUCACCUCUGCGUCCAGGGAUGGAGCUGCGCGCCCCGCCAGGCAGACGCUUGCCUCCAGAACCAGAGUCAACCGCAGACAGAGCAGCAGAUCCGGCUCAAGGAGACUGGUCGGACCAAAUGUGUGCGGAGGUCAGCAGUGCUGCUCUGGCUGGGCCCUGGCUCCAGGAACCAACCGCUGCAUCAAACCGGACUGCCAGCCCCCCUGCCAGAACCGUGGCUCCUGCAGUCGGCCACAUACCUGCGUGUGUCGCUCGGGUUUCCAGGGGCCCCGCUGUGAGGAGCAGGCCCCGGAGCAGGUGUACAUACGCGACGGCGGCGCCCUGAGGCGAGUGCAGCCCGGCAGCAACCCCUUCCAGAAAGAGCCUGUGCGGAGACGACACAACACUACCAAGGUCCAGAACCCGCGACCUGUGACCACCAGACCGCCUGUGACCCAAGUGAGACGGGGACCCCCGGACUCCUCCCCGCAGCAGACGGGGACCUCCCGCACAGUGAAACGCUACCCGUCAUCCGCCGGGCCCAUCACCUCCAACGCGCUGCCCAGUGCUAAUGGCUACGAGAACGAUCCCAGGAACUGGAACGGACACCGAGCUGGGCCCAGCACCGGCCAUCAGAGUCGGAGGCCAACCAGCCACAGCCAACCACACACUCCGUUCAACAACGCGUUACUGCCAGCAGGAGCCAACCUCACCUCCAACCUGGACCGCAUCAAGAUUGUCUUCACACCUACGUUGUGUCGCAGGGUGUGCAACGGCGGCCGCUGCUACAACAGCUGCGAGAAAGGAGACGUCACCACCGUUUACAGCGAGUCGUCCCAACACCAGCAGAACCAGCCAAAAAACACCGGCUUCAGACUUUUCUUCUGUCAGAUCCCCUGUCUCAGCGGUGGCCGGUGUAUCGGGAGGGACCUUUGUUGGUGUCCGUCCAACUCGACCGGAAAGUUCUGUCACCUGCCGGUGACCUCGGCCACGAGACCAAACACUCAAGUGAAGAAGGAUGUCGGCCACAGCCCCAAGACGCUGUCGCACUCCAUGUACACGCUACCACUGUCCAACCAACAAGCUUCGCUCCAUCCCUCACUGGUUAACGUCCACAUUCAGCAUCCUCCGGAGACAGAAGUCCAGAUCCAUCAAGUUGCCAGGGUACAGCCAGGCCAGAGGACGCCAACGACGGAUGGUGCCCACUCUGUCCAGCAGCGCUCUCAACCCGGGAACGGACAUGAGCACAGCACACGACGCACCAACGGGAAUGAGCACCACCGGCAGAACGGACACGUGGGAAGAUGCUUCCAGGACACAGUUGACGGACAGUGUGGCAAACCUCUGCCAGGAUUAACCAAACAAGAAGACUGCUGCGGGAGCGUGGGCGCCUCCUGGGGUCUGAACAAGUGCCAGAAGUGCCCAAGCAAGCCAGCGUUCACAGUCAUCGCCAACGGACAAGUGGAGUGUUCGCUGGGAUACAAGAGAGUCAACCUCACCCACUGCCAAGACAUCAACGAAUGCUUGCUGCAGGGCAUCUGCAGGAACGCCGUGUGCCUUAACACCAAAGGGAGCUACAGGUGCACCUGUAAACCCGGGUACAUGCUGGACCCGGCCCGAGGACACUGCGUCUCUGAGAAGGCCAUGUCGGACCAGCGGGCCCUGUGCUACAGAUCAGUGUCAGCAGGUUCCUGCUCUCUACCUCUGCCCCGGCAUAUUACCAAGCAGAUCUGCUGCUGCAGCCGGGUGGGCAAAGCGUGGGGGGCUGGCUGCGACCGCUGCCCGCUGCCAGGAUCCGACCAUUUCAAGGAGAUCUGCCCGGUGGGUCAUGGAUUCACCUACGAGCGCUCCGACGUGCAGAUUUCUCUGAUGCGACUGGAGGAGGACGAGCUGCAGAGCACGAGUUUGCUACGGGAGGAGCAGAGCCCCACGUAUCCCGAUUUAUCCGUGGCAUCCCAGGAGCUUCCCAGUGUUCCUGUCUGGCCAGAAACACCGCAUGUUCCACAGUUGACUCCCCAGUUGCCUGCAAGGCUACCAGAAGAUGUGGAAAGUCUGAGCCUUCCAGAAGCGGCGACUCCACCACCAUUGAAUCCAGAAAGCUCUUCCAGCAUCAACCUGCCAGAUUCAAAGGAAACAGUCUACACUGACGCUGGUAUGGACAAGUGUGCCAACACCCCCACCAUAUGUGGCCACGGGAAGUGUAUUCCAGUUCAGACCGGCUACACCUGCGAAUGUGAGCCAGGGUUCAAGCUCAGCGCUCUGCAGACCAACUGCAUAGACAUUAAUGAAUGCGAGGGCGACCCUUGUGAAGGGAAGGGCAGCUGCACAAACACAUAUGGUUCAUAUACGUGUCAGUGCUACAGCGGCUACAGCCAGGUGAUCACCCAGAACAGGAAGUUCUGUCAAGACGUCAACGAGUGCAGCCUGGCCAACAAGUGUCCGAACGGCAAGUGCGUCAACACCGAUGGAUCCUACACCUGCGACUGCAACCACGGCUUCGCGCGGUCAUGGCGAGGCCAGUGCGAAGACGUAGAUGAAUGCCGAGAGCCCAGUCACUGUCCGGGCGCCGUCUGCGUCAACACUCCUGGCUCCUUCGAGUGCCGGGUUUGCAGUCCGGGCUUCAGGGCAGUCAAUGAGAGAUGUGUGGACAUAAACGAGUGCCUGAACCAAACCAUGUGUGGCAAUGGAAGGUGUGUCAACAGCGAAGGCUCCUAUAGGUGCGACUGUUUCCAGGGUUACAAGCUCUCCCUGGACAACGUGUGUCGAGAUGUGGAUGAGUGUGCGCUCCCAGGAGUCUGUCUCAACGGCCAGUGUGUCAAUCUGGACGGCACCCACCAAUGCACUUGUAACCCAGGCUACGAAGCGACCCCAGACGGGAAAGUUUGUGAAGAUGUCGACGAGUGUGUCACUGGGAAUGAGUGCCCGGUGGGGAUUUGCAUCAACACCGCCGGUUCCUUUACCUGUCAGCAGUGCCCGUCUGGGUUUGGUCCAUCCGCUGAUGGACUGAGGUGUGAAGAUGUGGAUGAGUGUGCCCAGGGAGACUUCUGUCUGGGGGGUGUCUGCACCAACACUGAGGGCUCCUUCACCUGCACCAGGUGCAAGGCUGGUUACAGGGUCUCUCAAGACAAGCGACGAUGUGAAGAUAUCGACGAGUGCCAGUCCCUGUCGACCUGCGCCAACGGGAUCUGUCUGAACUCUGAGGGGUCCUACACGUGUGAGAACUGCCCGACUGGCUACCACGUAUCGGAUGACGGAGAGCUCUGCGAAGAUAUUGAUGAGUGUGCACUGCCCGCUACAUGCCCCCGUGGAUCUUGCACAAACACACCCGGUUCCUUUACGUGUGUCGUCUGUCAGCCCGGUUUCAGAGCCUCAGCCGACGGUCAACAGUGUGAUGAUGUGGAUGAGUGCUUGGUGGCCAACCUGUGCCCGGGUCAGCUGUGUCUCAACACGCCAGGAUCCUACUCCUGUAGGAGUUGUGCGCCUGGUCUGCAAGUCUCCCAGGAUGGACUCAACUGUGAAGACGUUGAUGAGUGUAAGAUCGCAGGGGUGUGUUCCACAGGGGUCUGCACCAACACGCAGGGGUCGUACUCCUGCAUGACCUGUGACCCCGGGUUCACCGUGUCCCCCCACGGACACUCGUGUGAAGAUGUAAAUGAAUGCGAGGACAUCGGCGUGUGUCAGGGAGGCCAGUGCACCAACACCAUCGGCUCCUUCAGCUGCUCCUGUCCUCCAGGACUGGAGCUGGUGGACGGUGUCACCUGCAGAGACAUUAAUGAGUGUCUGACUGUGGCGAGGAUCUGCAAUGAGGGAGCGUGUGUCAACACUGAGGGCUCCUACUCUUGCAUCUGUCCACCUGGAUACAUCAACUUGGGGACUCGCUGUGAAGACCUGGACGAGUGCGUGGACGACAACGUGUGUAUAAGGGGUCAGUGCGUCAACUCUGAAGGAUCGUAUCUGUGCCUGUGUGAAGCCGGGUUCAAGUUCAGCCCACAGACAGCCGACUGUGAAGACCUGAACGAGUGUAAGGAGUACGGGAGCUCGCUGUGCGGUACCUGGCGCUGCGAGAACACCGUCGGCUCGUACCGCUGCUUCAUGGGCUGCCAGCCCGGCCUUCAGGGAGAAGACUGUGAUAUCGACGAGUGCCUCAAUGAAACCAUCUGCGGUAGCUAUGGCUUCUGCGAGAACAUCGACGGCUCGUACCGCUGCCAGUGCGACCAAGGCUACACCAACCCGCCAGGCGACAACACCAAGUGUGUCGACGUGAACGAGUGCGAGAUGAGCCUGGCGCUGUGCGGUGAGGCCCUGUGUGAGAACGUCGACGGCAGCUUCCUGUGCAUCUGCCCCAACGACGAUCAGGAAUUUGAUCCCAUCACCAGCCAGUGUCGCUCCCCGGGUGACGUCGGGUCCAAACACACUUCAGCUUCGCUUCCUGCCUCUCCGUCAAAUGAGGAGCGGAAGGAGUGCUACUACAACUUGAACGACGCCAACAUUUGCGACAACGUGCUGUCGAGGAACACCACCAAGCAGGAGUGCUGCUGCACCGUGGGCGCCGGCUGGGGGGACAACUGUGAGAUUCACGCCUGCCCAGUCCUCGGAAGAGAGGAUUAUAACCAACUGUGCCCUCAUGGAAGUGGAUUGCUGUCCGUUGCAAAGAGACUGGGGGAUCAGCAGAUGUACGAAGGACUCUCUGUGGACGCCAACGAGUGUGAGAUGUUCGGGCCUGAGAUUUGCAAGAACGGGCAGUGUUCCAAUCUCUUCAGCACCUACACUUGCUACUGCCGGUCUGGCUUCUACUACGACAACAUUCGGCUGGAGUGCGUGGACUACGAUGAGUGUGAGUUUGGAAACGCCUGCAUUGAUGCUACGUGCAUGAACACAGCCGGAUCCUUCAACUGCUUCUGCAGUCCCCCGCUGGUCCUGGACGGGACCAGGAGGCGCUGUGUCACCAGCAACACCACGGAAGAAACUAUGGAUUCCAAUCACGACGUUCACGUGGAUAUCUGCUGGCAGCAGCUGGAGGGGGACAGCAUGUGUGCUGAACCCUACCCUGGCCGCAGAACUACUUACACCGAGUGCUGCUGCCUCUUUGGCGUCGCCUGGAGCGGGCAGUGUGCCUUCUGUCCUCAGAGAGACUCUGACGACUAUGCAAUAAUGUGCAACCUUCCUCGGAGAGAAGGGUCCGACAGCUUGCGGGAGCGGCCGGGUUACGAGUACGGUUUGGAGGGACCUGAUGACCCAGUAGGGCCCUUUAUGACACCGUAUUGGGAAAAUUAUGGCAACCCUGCCGGACCGUUUGACAUUCCCGAGAGUGUUCCUCUGUUCAACGACAACGACUACAGCGUCAGGCAGCCGCCGGUGCGAGUCCCAGUCCACCGACCAAGAGAACCCCAGCCCCGUCCACUGGAACCCUACGCCGAUCAUUAUGGUGGCUUCGAGGGUUUGCGAGCGGAGGAAUGUGGGAUCCUGAACGGCUGUGAAAAUGGCCGCUGUGUCCGCGUGCGGGAAGGGUAUACCUGCGACUGCUUUGAUGGCUACGAACUGGAUCUCAACAAGAUGGCGUGUAUAGAUAUCAACGAGUGUGAAGACAUCAGCGACAAAGUCCCCUUGUGUGAGAACGGACAGUGUUCCAACACGGAAGGCUCCUACAAGUGCACUUGCUCGCCUGGCUUCGUGGCGUCUGCCCAACCACACAAAUGCAUCCCAGCCAUCCCGGUGUCUGAGCUCAGGGUCAGAGACAACUAACCUCUGGAAGGACACCCCGUGGACUCAUCGAAAACACGUCCUCUUGACAUCUGGAGGACGACAUCGCCGCAUUAGGGGUUUCUCUUACAAACUGAGGUGGAGUUGGAUGGAGUUACCGUCUGCAAGUUGCUUUCCACUUUAUCCUCUUUGUCACUUUUUAUUGUUGUGUUAUUUAUUUCUUUUAACUGUCGGGCCUCCGCAAACCAAGCAAGCUGCCUUCUUUACUUCAGCAUUUUGAGCGACGGACUUCGGUGAAGAAGUCCUGCUAGGGCCACAGAAACCUGCACACCACUAUUAUGUCAAUGGACGCCAGUGUUGACGGUUACAUUUUACGGUAAUGUUUUGAUCCCAACUAUUAGGAACCGAAUGUGUGUGACAGUCCUUCCUCUUGUACAGGUAUAUUUGAUUUGUUCACAACACGUCUAUGGGGCUAUAAAACCUUAAUGGCCUUCCUUCAAAGUGAGUUAAGCUAGAAGACAAAGCUUCAACGUUUCUGCCAUUGCCUAAGCUCAUAAACAAGACUUACACUGUACUAUUACUCCUAAAGUGGGUGUCCUUACAGGACAAAGAGGCUCAGAAGUUCUGUGUGGGACUGUCAACUACAAAAAGAAGAUAUUCCUCCACAAUAAUAUUCAAUAGCACUGGGCAAACUGUGAGGAAGGAAGGCAGCAACCGUGAGCCAGGAAUGUCUUGAAAGUGCUCAUUCAGAACUGUGGUGGGUGAAACCUUGAAGGGCCAGAUGGAGCCACGACCCAGCAACAGAUAAGCUGCUGAAAAAGCUCUUCAUUAUCAGUUUACAGAUUCUUCAUAUGGGAAAAAUGGUUUGACGCUUGGGUACAAAGUUUUAUCUUCAGUUGAGAGUCCCGGAAUAUUUUCUUUUAAGGGCUGAAAAUACUUUUUGGUGUCAGAGCUCCAGAUUAGUUGUUGACAUUUAUCAUCUCAGCCUGAGGUAGAACAGCCUGCCACAUGUCAGUGAUGGGGAGAUGAGGUAUCAUGAAACAGUAUUGCAGGGGUCGAUGAAACAGUGUCUUCAUUUUCAGAGAGGGAUGUUUAGAAAUGAUGUGAGGAUUCAUUGAAUUGGUCGCUCAAGUCAAAACCAGCAGACAUCGCCAUCUGGUGGUCUCUGAAAAUCAGGACGCUGUUUCAUGAAACCUCAUCAACCCUUCACUACCACGUUGGAGGUGAAGGUGAGGUUUUGGUUUGCCAAUGUACAAGCUCCGUGGAUUGAAAGGUUUUGCUGAUCUGGCCACAAAACUUAAAAAUGAGCAAUAUCUGUCAGAACCUGCUUCUUCUUGAUGUGCCGCACAUCCCCUACUGAACACUGGUUUCCUCCCACACACCAAAUAGCUAGGUAUUCUGCGAACUGAAGACUGUUUCAGCUGUGUCACCUCAGUUCUGCUGAAACUGGAUGUAAGAUCUCCUGUUUUCAAGUGCAAAAGCAACGGAAUAAGCAAUGAAUGACUCGAUUUAAGGAUAAAGUUAGUUGAAAAACGACACCCGGAGAAACACUGUCUUCACUGCCGCUCACCCAUGUCUGACCCGACGGUUCCCUCGUGUGCAUAAACAGACAAAAGCUUGAGGUUUGGUGUAUUUUGUACAGCUCUAGUACUAUGUAUUAUUUUGUUACAUAUUCCCUAUAGCACAACCAAUCAUACUUUAAAAAAAAAAAAUUAUAGCUUCUUGUAGAUUUAUACAUUUCUGUAAAAACAAAUGCUAUUUUUAUGCCUUUCUGUUUGUAUGUUUGAGGAGAGUGGCUGACACUGUACCAGAGGAAGUGUUUGUGUAUAACCCUGCCCUGUGGAGCAGAAUAUGAAUUUAUAUAUAUUUGUUGGAAGUGGCUGCACUGUUCCGACCACAGAUGUCCGAUCACCACAACGCUUCUGCGACAACGUCUGAUGACUCAUGGCUAUGAAUGUUCUGAAUGUAUCACAGCAUCAUUUUGGUUCAGUGGUGUCGGCUUUUGUUUUCAAGAAAAUGACAAAAUUUAUGGUUUCAUGAGCUUAACACACUGAUCAAAUGUCUAAUUUCUAUUCAGCUGGUUCACAAUUUAUGCAACUCACAUGCAUCCAUCAACAUAAACGCUGCAUCUUUAGUGUGCUUUGGUUAUUCACCCGGACAGGACAGUGGAGUUUUUUAAGGCCUUUUUCAUACCGCAAUAACCUUGUUGUGAAGUUGAUGCCAUCGAGAAUGUUGUUUACCUGUUGACUGUAAACAUUAUCAGUCAAUAAAAAUAUAU